AUGAAACCAAAAACAGUAACAUCGAUGGUAAGACACGACGAGCAGGAAAACUCUUCAUUCACUAGUUGGGCUUGUAAAAAAUGUACAUUGAUUAAUACACCUCAUGCAACCCUAUGCGAUGUGUGUGAGACGCCUCGUACGCCGUUAGCAUAUAAUACCGAUCAAUCAGUAUCUGAUUCAAGCUAUCGUGCUGAUGCGCCCAGUGGUCAACAGAUGCAGCCGCCUGUCCCUACUUUGUCAAUAUCUGUACCUUCGUAUACAUCAGCGUCUGCUUCUCUCAAAUGUCUUGAGACGUCGCUGCCACCUUCAAGAGUCGACAUAAACUCCCGCCAACUGACAGAACAAGUACAGCAGUGUCCAGAUCAGCUACCUACCGAAUGGGAGUGCCAAGUUUGUACGUUUUUCAAUAUAAAUGAUGACAAGCGUUGUAUAAUCUGUCAUGAAGGAACACGCCCCGAAAGGCGCCGCCAAGUAAUGCAUACAGAUUCCGUAAAACCAGUGUCUUUCCCGGCUACUCCACAGCCGACAUCGACAAUCAUAGGAACUGUGUUGAAAUAUGUUGUCUACACUCCUGAUCUACCGGCUGAUAUAAAUGCUGCAGAGUUGGAGCAAAUGAUCGACUUACGUUUAAAUAGCAAUCACCAUAUUAAAGUCAACAAAGUCACAUGUCAUUCUAGCAUCGGAGUCGGCAUUGUAUAUGUGUCCAAUACCACUGAGAAAGAUGCUCUUCUAAAUACAGUGCAAUCGACUGUUCUUGAUCCUAAGAAAAAUAUCAUUAUUUCGUUCGUUAGACAACUUGAACUCGUUUCCUAUUUAGUUUUUGAUCAAAAAAAGAAACAAACAGAAAUCGCCGUCGAAGUUGCUCGCCGUUGGGCACAACUAAGUAAAUCGCCUCAGCUACCGGCAUGUGAACAAAUUUCUGCACUAUUUCCAAACAUAUUCAAAAUAACAUCUCGCUCUCUCGAUGAACUUCUCGCUAUACGAACACUCGAUAUAUUUAAAGUGAAUGAACAAUUUGCGAAUGUUUACCUACGAGCUGACUGCAGUUUUGUCGAAGAUCUACCAGAGAAUAUCACCACCACUCAGAUUACCACGGCGAUUAAUACACAUAUUGGCGGUCAGUACGACCAACAAACACUAUAUGUUCAGUAUAACAAGGAAGCAUCGAGUGCUAUCAUACUAGCAGCCAACGCAGCUCGUAAGUGGAUAAAUAUAGACUAUCUGUCUUUCAACAGUCAAGUUUUUCCCAAAAAGUCGCAACUCGCUUUUCGUGUUGUCGUCCAUCCGGUGUCUUCUUCUGUCCCAAUUAAUCUCAUCACUCAACACAGGCAAUUUCAAAAUGCUGUCACUAAACAUACAAAGAUAGAUGAAAAGCUCAUUAUCGAACUCAAUGAUAAAUCUGUAUAUGAUCAAUGCUUAACUGUGGGUGCACUACGUGUGCAUGACUGUCCUGCGAUGACCAUCGAUCCAUUUACAGUCAUUCUAAACGAUCCAAAAAAUAUCGAGAUAAAUGCCGACAACUGGUACGAAAUGGAAAUGCUCGACAUAAAAAGACCUGACAUCAAACAAUUCGUGGUUACUCCGGAACAUCCCAUCUUCAAAUACAAAUGGAAUGCUCAACAUUGGCUCGAACAAUUCGAACGUGUUAAAGGUGUGCGUGAUCAACAGAGUGAUCGAAAAAGGCAUCUGCUACGCGUUACAACGAUGCUCAACACGAUCGGUGUGAUUCAUAACAAAAGUUAUACUGUAGAAACUGGCGGCAAUAAAAAGGAGAUCAAAUUGAAGUUUGAGCAGUUGAAAACCAUAGCCUACAAUCAUCGAUCAAAACUGCCACUCAGUAAAGGGAUGAAAUCUGUUCUUAAAUCUCCAUACCAAUUUACAACAGUGGAGGUAGUGAACAAUGAUUGUUUGCUUGUUUAUGAAAAAUUAGCAGCAGACAAAAGUCGACCAGUGCUACUCAAUAUGGCUAAUGCAACAACACCUGGUGGUGGGUACCGACAAGGAGCUGGGGCGCAAGAAGAGAAUCUAUUUCGACGAUCUAACUAUUAUCUUAGUCUUGACGCAGAACUCGAUGACACUAAACAACCUGAACGCUAUUGGUGCACAGCUAAGGGUGAAGAACAAAUGCUGAGAGCUAAUGAGAGCAUGUAUCCAAUGGAUGAAUUCGGUGCAAUUUAUACAUCUGGCAUUACUGUAUUUCGUAAUACAGAAGACACAUGA